UCUCUCUCUAUCUAUCUAUCCAUCCAUUCACCCAUCUAUUCAUCUACCUAUCGUCUAUCUAUCGAUGCUCCAAAUCGAAUUCUAACGAUCUUCAGAAGCGUCCAAGAAAUUCGAUUAAUUCAAAUCGAAGGAACGUUCGAUAUCUAAAAGAAAAAGGAUCGUCGACGUUAAAUCGUCGGGAUAGAUCAUUGGAAUAGUUUCUUGCAAGAAAUUUUCAACGAUACGUGAUAUACGAAAGAUAGAAAAAUUCGUAAGAAAGAAUUUGAGGGAGGAGUUACGGGAGCAAGAAAAACAGACGUGGAAAAAGAAGAGGAGGAGGAAGAAGAGGAAGAGGAAGAAGUGGGAGAAAUAGAAGAUUAGAAAAAGUACACCGCUUCGGCCGGUGGUUUUAAAAGCCUUCAAGAUUGCUCGAAAACCGUCGCGCGAUUCGCGCAGGGUUGGACGAACCGCGGAAAUACGGGGUGCGUGGGCAGCUAUGCAAAGGGCGGUCGCUGGCGGAGGGCCCGGGCCCUUAGGUCUUCAGGGCCCUCCAAGGUCAGUCAAAAUAUCACCAGUGAACAUUCAGGACGAACCCGGUGACCCGACCUCGCAAAAAGGUCGUAGUUCGCAUUGCGUUGGCUGCGGUGGACGAAUUCACGAUCAGUGGAUAUUGAGGGUGGCGCCUAAUCUCGAGUGGCAUGCUGCCUGUUUGAAGUGUGCCGAGUGUCAACAAUUUUUGGAUGAACAUUGCACCUGCUUCGUUCGCGACGGAAAGACGUACUGCAAGGGAGAUUACGUCAGACUGUUCGGGACAAAGUGCGACAAGUGCAGUCAGUGUUUCAGCAAGAACGAGUACGUGAUGAGGGCAAAGACCAAGAUCUAUCACGUGAAUUGUUUUCGUUGUUCAGCUUGCAUGAGGAAGCUUUUACCGGGCGAUGAAUUCGCCCUGAGACAGGACGGAUUAUUUUGUUUGCACGAUCACGAAAUAGUAGAAAGUGGAAAAUUUUGUCCUACUGGCGGUGUACCGGGCAGUGAGAACAACAACAACGCUUCCUUAACAAAUAACAAUCAUCAUUUGCAUCCAAACGACGGAUCGAUGUCAGAUUCUGGAUCGGAGAGUGGUUCUCAUAAAGCCGGCGUAGGUGGUGCACGAGGAACCGGAAGUCACAAGAGCGGUGGCGGUUCCGACGGUAAACCAACUAGAGUACGUACGGUUUUGAACGAGAAACAACUUCAUACUUUGAGAACGUGUUAUGCUGCAAAUCCAAGACCAGACGCAUUGAUGAAGGAACAAUUGGUCGAGAUGACUGGAUUAAGUCCAAGAGUUAUCAGGGUAUGGUUCCAAAAUAAAAGAUGUAAGGAUAAGAAGAAGACGAUAGCAAUGAAACAACAAAUGCAAGAGAAGUGCUUUCCGUUGCAGGACGGACGUAAAUUGGGCUUCGGCGGUAUGCAUGGGAUACCAAUGGUGGCGAGUAGCCCUGUUAGACACGAAAGCCCCAUCGGCAUGACACCUCUAGAAGUGCAAGCCUAUCAACCACCUUGGAAAGCUCUAUCGGACUUUGCCUUGCAUACGGAUCUCGAUAGGUUGGAUCCUAAUGCACCAGCUUUUCAUCAUUUGGUCUCCCAGAUGCAUGGUUACGACAUUCACGGAGGAGCACCACCACAACUUCCACCUCCAGGAAUGCUCGGUGGUCCAAUGAACGACGGUGGUGGCGGUGGAGGUGGUGGUCCUUUACCUCCACCAGGUCCUCAUCAUCCUGGAGGUGGUGGUCCAGAUAUGGGACAACAUCCUGAUAGUACCGAUAGUUACGUCACUUACCUCGAAAGUGACAGCGAUUCGUUACAUCACGAUACGGGUAGUCCAUAGUGUCGUCGUACCUAUCGUCUAUGGCUCGCACAUGGCAAGGCUCAACGUCUAGCACAGUUCAAGAUAAUGAUCGACGUAUCGUUGAUCGUGACCUUAAGAUCUCUCCAUUGACGAGAAAUAAGCUCGAUGACGAGCUAUGACGAGAAGAUAAACAGGAGACCUGUGAAUGAA